AUGAUGACCGCCAAUAACCCCACCUCCUUCAUGGAUGCUGAGGACCUGGACUGCGUCAAUCUUCUCAAUGGUUUACCACAGCAACAACAACAACAGCAGCAGCUGCAGCAUGGCCAACAGCAGCAUGGCCAACAGCAGCAGGCCGCUCCUUCAGGGCCAUCUCUAAACACAUCCGCUCAACGAGUGCCCCCGCCACCGCCGCCCCAGCCACAGGCCGGCAUGGAACAAGGCGCAUUCCACCACCGCCAACGCCACCAGCACCAGCACCAGCACCAGCAGCGGCCUUCAGCCGAUGCGGCGGGACAGGAUAUGCAGCAGCAGCUCAUGAUGCAGGCAUAUCAGGCCUUGCAGCUCAGCCGCGACCAACAGCAACAGCUGCACCAGCAGCAGCAACUGCAACAGGACCAACAGUCGCAGCAGCAAGCCGGCGCCACAUUUGAUAUGGACAACGGGCAACUGCACCAGGCCAUGCUGCAGCAGCUCAUGGGCAACCUGUCCGUCCAGUUGCAGCAGCAGCAGCAGCAGCAGCAGCGACAACAGCAGCAGGGGCAACACCAACAGGGGCAGCGGCUGUUCCAGAAUGACCACCACCAACAACAGCAGCAGCAGCAGCAGCAGCAGCAGCAGCAGCAGCAGCAGCAGCGGAUGGGCCAGCCCUCGGUGCAGCACGGCAACUUGGCUGAUUUGCUGCAGCUGAUGAAUGGGGACGUGUCGCUGGAUGCGCUGGCGUCCACAGCACCACAGGAGCGCAUGGCCGCUCUGGAGCGCCUGCAACGCGUGCAGCACCAGGUACAGCAGCUGCUGCUGGACGAAUCGCAGACCAUUCAGCAGCAGCAGCAGAUCCAGAACUUGCUCCACCGCGUCCAGCAACACCAGCAACACCAGCAACACCAGCAAAGAGGCGACCGGUCCUUUGGCGUGGAUGAUCAGACGGGUUUCCUAUCACAACCCCAACACCAACCACGCCAUCGUCACGGCCUUGCGGCACCGUUUGGGCUGGACACGUUGCAAGAGCAGGAGCAGCAACAGCUGACACCCUCAGGCUCGCCACCACUGCCGUCGCUGUCCACCGCUGGUUUUGGCAUGAUGGCGCCAUCGUCGUCGUCCUCUUCGGCAUCAGCACGCGCGCACCAACCGCUCACCUCGUCGGUUGCGAGCUCCAUGACAACAACUGCCACGCCAACACCGGCUGCCAUGCCGCCAUCGCCCUCAUCGUCGUCCUCGACUGCAAUGGCACCACUGCCUGUGCCGACCACCGCCGCCGUGACGGGCAAAGCCGCCAACCGCCGCUCCCGAUCUGCAUCCGCCGCGCGCAGACGCAACAGACAACGCUCAACCUCGCUCUCCAUCCACGCCAUGCGCGCGGCUGCACAGCAGGAGCAGCAGCAGCAGCAGCAGCAGUCGUCAUCCUCGUCGUCCUCGGCGGCGGCGCUGGGCGGUCUGUCCAUGGCGGAGAUUAACAGGCGCCGCGGCAGCUCAAUGGGGUCUAUCACCCACCCGCUCGCCCCCAACAAGGAGAUUAUGGAGCUCGCUGCACGCCUCAACUUUGACAGCCGCGCCUCUUCAGUCUCCAGUCUGAACGAAGCCGCCGAGACACCACAGCCCAACUUCAACUACGAAUGUGCACAGGACUACCCCUGCCACCCUUCCCGUUGCUCCAAAAAGUCCCACCCGUGCCCACACCCUGAUUGCGGUAAAGUCUUCCCCAGUCACAGCAAGCUUGUGCGCCACAUCCGCGUGCACACUGGCGAGAAGCCGUUUCUGUGCCCCGUGUGCAACACGCGGUUUACGCAGCGGUGCAGCCUCAAGACGCACCUGCGGCGCCACUCCCAGCAGGAUCUCGCCGCUGCCAAGGAGCGCAUGGAUGCGGCCACAUCCUCCUCUGCCUCUGUCGCGUCCCCUGCGGACCCCACCACAGCCGGGUUUGGCCUCGGCCACGCACAACACCGACACAUGGCGCACCAGGACCCCUUUGCUCGCCACCAGGAGCAACAAGAGCACCAGCGGCUGCAACGGCAGCAACAGCAACAACAGCAACAGCAACAGCAACAACAGCAACAGCAACAACAGCAGCAGCAGCAACAACACCAGCAGCAGCAUCAAGGUGCUGGUAACGGCCCGCUGUCGGCAAUACCGGCCCACCUCACCACGAUGCACCGGUGGGGCAUGUCCCCCUCCAGCUCCAGCGUGAACAUGAGCGGACCGCCCACGCCGCAGUUUGACAUUGACGAUGCCAUUGCGGAGGAGCCCUAUGCUGAGGCCGCGUCGCCGCUCGAUGACGCCCUCACACGCACGCUCACACAUGAUCUGCGCAUCAGCAUGCAGCAGCAGCAGCCGCCGCCGCCGCAUCUCGGCGAGCACGACAGCAUGCGCCCGUCGGCCCAGGGCCACCAGCACCUGUUCAAUGGCAGCGGCAACGAAAUGUUGCAUGGCGGUGAUAUGGCUGGCGGCGCGCUGCAGCACCAGCAGCCGCCACCACAGUUCCAACAGCAGCGGCAACAGCAGCAGCAACAACAGCAGCAACAACAGCAGCAGUUUGGGGAGGAUGAGUUUGGUGAUUUCCAAUUCAAGGAGGAGGAAGUGGAAGCUGAUGAGGAAUUCAACAGCUUCCUGCGCGAGCUGCACAGUGGCAACAUCAGCUAUGACCAGCUGGAUGAAAUGGCAAACAACCCAGUCGUUACUUCCUCCUCUUCGUCAACAGACCCCACCACCACCACAUCCAGCUCUGCGCACCCGCAAUGA